AUGAUUGACCCAAUUGAUAAAAUUAUCGAAGAAACAUUUGUUUAUAAAAUUGACAUGCUUCAUAAUCUUUCUUUAUCAUCGAAUGCAUCAAUGAUUCGUUACGCGUUAGCAUAUAAGAACUUCAAUCCUAACGAAACAUAUCCAGAAGAAGAAAAUGUGGAAUCAAGUUUUGAAUUAACAAAAAAGUAUUGGAAAUAUAAAAUUGAAUCAUAUAAGAAACAAGAUGAAAAAGCAGAAAGGGAUACUAAAAACAAUGUUUCAAUGGAUGACUAUCAAUACUAUCACGAUUUAAUCCUUUCAUCUAAAUGCAAAAUGUGUGGUAAAGCGUUUACAUAUGCAAAUAAACCAACAUUGGAUAGAAUCGAUAAUGAAAAACCACAUACCAAAGAAAAUUGUCAGUUAAUGUGUUGUUAUUGCAAUGUCGUAAAAUCAAAUAAAGAUGAAGAUGUUCAACGUUUAAGAAUCAAUUUAAGAAAUUAUGCAUUAAAAAAUAAUUUACCAAUGACUUUAGAUUCAGUUGAAGCUUAUCACAUUCUCCGUAAUGGAAUUACUGGUGGUCUAUCAAAUGUUCAACAUCGUGUUAAUCUUAAAGGAAUCACGCACAUUAAUAAACUUUCAUAUAAUCCAGAAACUAAAACUGUAUCAAAUGAGGACACCACCAACAUUAUGACUCAUUUCGUUGGAGUUGACUUUAAUUCAUUAUAUCCUUCAUCAUUUUCAUCUAAUCCUCAUGAUUUCAUUCAAUAUACUGACCAUAAAAUGUAUAUGCCGGGAAGAUUGAAUGGUGUUAUCAUUUGUGAUACAGCAACAAAGAAAGCAAAAGCACUGGGAAUAAUUAAGAAGAAAAAUACUUUAUUCGUGGCUGAAGUAAAGGGUCACAUUGAUGAAAAAUACAUUAAUGAUUACAUAAACUUUUUACCGAUAAUAAGAAACUUAGAUAUUAUCACAGAUGAAAAAACAAUUGGCAGUUUUAUGUAUAAUUACAUGAAAUCAAACAAUCUACCAGUUGACCAGAAACAGAGAAAAUUAACUCAGUUAGCAUCAACACACAACCAAUAUCAACCAUUUUCUUCUUAUUAUCUUUGGUAUCUAAUAGACAGAUUUCAUUUUAUCAUUGAUGAUAUUCAAUCAAUUUUAACAUUUACUAAAAACACUUGUUUUAAUGAAUUUGCGAACAAAUUUAUGAACGAAAGACAAAAGGCUGAAUUAGAAGGAAAUAAAGGAAAAAGUUUAUUUUGCAAGAUUUCACUUAAUGGAUCAUAUGGUUACGAUGCAAUGA